AUUAUGUGUUGGUAGGACAAAAUGCUCAACUCAUUGAAAUAAUAUAACUUUCGAAAUCGAGUCUAGUUUAAUAGCAGCCCUUGAAAUUUAUUGACUUUGUGAAUUAAUACCAUAGACUGACAUCGGUCAAAAAUUUAAGAUAAUCGUCUCUUAAAGUCCCUUAGAUCGCUUGGUUUAUGUUAUAUUCUUUAACCAACAAAAUGUCUUCUGGACAGACAUGAACCUAUAAACGAUCUAAAGCGUGUUAGUAGUAUAACAGCAAUUGAAACGUCAACGUAUAAUUACAAGAUUUUUUGUUUGUAAAAAUGAGUAAUCCUUCUAUUCGGUUUAAGUGUACUAUGAACAAUACGAUUCUUGAUGUCCUAAGAAACCGAGGGUGGAUUGAGGUUUGCAGAGAGGAAGAAUGUGAUUUCUUUUGGUGUGAUCCCAUGACAAUGAAAGAGUUAUUUGAUCAUGGAUUAAUGGGUAAUAUAUCAAAGAUUUGUCAUUUUCGGAAUCACUUUGAGCUUACACGUAAAAAUUUAAUGGUUAAAAAUUUAAAACGUUUAAAACGUAAAUGGGAAAAAGAAUAUAAUAAACAAGAAAGUCAAAUAUUGGAUUUUUUCCCAACAACAUUUGAAUUACCAAUGGAAUAUCAUAUGUUUAUUGAAGAAUUUCGUAAAUAUCCUGGUUCUAUAUGGAUAAUGAAACCUAUAGCUAAAUCACAAGGUAAAGGAAUAUUUCUAUUUCGUAAAUUAAAAGAAAUUGAAGCAUGGAAACGUACUGGAAUGAGAUUUGAACAACAACAAUCUAUUAGUGAUACACAAAAUCGGGAACUCCCUGAAACUUAUGUUGUUUCAAGAUAUAUCACUAAUCCAUAUUUAUUAUGUGGACGUAAAUUUGAUUUACGUGUUUAUGUUCUUGUUACAUCUUUUAAUCCAUUGAAGGUUUGGGUUUAUAGAGAUGGAUUUGCUCGUUUUUCUAAUACAAGAUUUUCAUUAGAUUCUAUUGAUGAUCAAUAUAUACAUUUAACAAAUAUUGCUGUACAAAAGACUGCACCUGAUUAUGAUGCUGAAAAAGGUUGUAAAUGGUCUAUUGGUCGUUUACGUCGACAUCUUUUAUCUAUAUAUGGCUAUAAAAAAGUUGCCGAGUUAUUUCAUCAAGUGGAUAUCAUAUUUAUUGGAAGUUUAUUAAGUGUUCAAAAGAUUAUUAUCAAUGAUAAACGUUGCUUUGAAUUAUAUGGUUAUGAUAUAUUACUUGAUGAUAAUUUACGUCCAUGGUUAUUAGAAAUUAAUGCAUGUCCAUCAUUGACAGCUUCAUCUAAAGAAGAUUAUAUAUUAAAAACUAAUCUUUUGAAUGAUAUGUUAGAUGUUGUGGAUUUGGAGGGUCGUUUAACAAGUUUUGAGAAACGUGUUGGUGAUUUCGAUCUAAUUUGGGAUGAUGGUCCUAUUCAUCCUACAACUGAUACUACAGAAGGUUGGUUAAUCAAUGCAUUGAACACUAUAAACCCGUUUAAUUCAGAAAAUUCAUCGGAAUCAGUACAUGUGUUUGGACCUAAUGGACUACCUAGACUUAAUUCAUUUCUUGGUUGUACUUCAUAUCAAUCAACUAGACAUAAGUUGGACUCGAAAUGUUAAUUUCUGAACAGUAAUACAAAGAUAAUAAGAAAUAAUAAAGAUAUUUACUAUUCAUUACAUUGUGUUUCACUGUAUAAAAGUUUUAUUUGAUAUCAAAAAUAAAUAACAUUCACAGGAUAA